GAACUUUCGAUGCCCUCUUUUUCUCUCUCUCUCUCUCUCUACUUGUCUUUGUCGAUCCCUUUGUUGUUCUUCAACUCCCGUGGGGGGGUUUUGAUUCUCUGAUCCCACGCCACCCACAGCUCACCAAGAGAGAAACCCACUAUCCCCCACCGGGUUUCUCUCAAGAAAGGAAUCAUAUCCCUUAUUAUAUACGGGAUAAUACAUUCAUAUUCAUAUAUACGCACGCACCUAUAUUUUUUUUAUAAAAAAAAAUAAAAAUACAAUAUCAUUUGUGUCUGUAUUUCUGUGAUUGUACGUCGUUUUCACCUGUUAUUGGUGUUUAAGAGCAUUGGCCCAAGCAAGAGUUAGAGAAGGGGAACAAGAAGAAGAAGAAGAAGAAAAGGCAGCGCUUUUCUUUGACUGAUCUCUGCAAUGGGGGCGCUCGGGCGGAUUUAAGUGUAAAGACAGAAUUGGGUCUUUUUAUCUGUUUCAUUAUUGUGAAGAUAGUGGCGGAGUCCAAUGGACACCAAAGGAAGGCUUAUUGCUGGUUCACACAAUAGGAAUGAGUUUGUACUCAUCAAUGCUGAUGAGAUUGGAAGAGUUACUUCUGUAAAGGAAUUGAGUGGACAGAGUUGUCAGAUUUGUGGAGAUGAGAUUGAAAUUACAGUUGAUGGGGAGCCAUUUGUUGCUUGCAAUGAAUGUGCAUUCCCUGUUUGUCGACCCUGUUAUGAGUAUGAAAGGAGGGAAGGCAAUCAAGCUUGUCCUCAGUGCAAAACUAGGUACAAGCGUUUAAAAGGGAGUCCUAGAGUUGAAGGAGAUGAAGAAGAGGAUGAUUUUGAUGAUCUUGACCAUGAGUUUGAUUAUAAUAGCAAUGUAAGAAGAGAUCCUCACCACGUUGCUGAGGCAGCACUGGCUGCUCGCCUUAAUGCUUAUGGUGUUAACGGUUCUGGAAUCAUGACACCAUCGGAAGCAGAUCCCUCUGCUCCUGGCUCAGAAAUCCCUCUCCUUACCUAUGGUGAAGAGGACGAUGGAAUUUCAGCUGAUAAGCAUGCUCUUAUUAUCCCUCCAUUUAUGGGACGUGGAAAAAAGGUUCAUCCUGUGCCGUUUUCAGAUACAGCAUCUGUGACCUCUUUGCCACCUCGACCAAUGGAUCCAAAGAAGGACUUGGCAGUCUAUGGUUAUGGUACUGUUGCAUGGAAAGAAAGAAUGGAGGAAUGGAAAAAAAAGCAGGGUGAUAAGCUGCAGGUGGUUAAGCAUGAAGGAGAUAAAGGCGGUGGGAAGAAUGGUGGAGAUGAGCCGGAUGAUCCUGAUUUGCUUAAGAUGGAUGAAGGUAGACAGCCACUUUCAAGGAAGAUACCGAUUCCCUCAAGCAAACUAAGCCCUUACAGAUUAAUCAUUUUACUCCGCAUGGUGAUUCUUGGGUUGUUUUUCCAUUAUAGAAUUCUCCACCCUGUCAAUGAUGCAUAUGGUUUGUGGCUGACUUCUAUUAUAUGUGAGAUUUGGUUUGCUGUAUCGUGGAUAUUUGAUCAGUUCCCGAAAUGGUUCCCUAUUCAGCGAGAAACGUACUUAGAUAGACUGUCACUUAGGUAUGACAAAGAAGGGAAGCCUUCUGAGUUAGCCCAUAUUGACGUAUUUGUGAGUACUGUGGAUCCCAUGAAAGAACCUCCACUCAUAACUGCAAAUACUGUUCUCUCCAUCCUCGCUGUAGAUUAUCCAGUCGAUAAGGUCUCAUGCUAUGUCUCAGAUGAUGGUGCUGCCAUGCUUACUUUUGAGGCCCUGUCUGAGACAUCUGAAUUUGCAAGGAAAUGGGUCCCGUUCUGUAAAAGAUACUGCAUAGAACCCCGGGCACCGGAGUGGUACUUUGCUCAGAAGAUUGAUUAUCUGAGAAACAAAGUGGAUCCAACUUUUGUGAGGGAACGAAGAGCAAUUAAGAGAGAGUAUGAGGAGUUUAAGGUUCGGAUCAAUGGGUUGGUUGCCAUGGCACAGAAGGUUCCUGAGGAUGGCUGGACCAUGCAAGAUGGUACUCCUUGGCCUGGAAACAAUGUCAGGGAUCACCCUGGAAUGAUCCAGGUUUUCCUGGGCCACGAUGGUGUCCAUGACAUUGAAGGUAAUGAAUUGCCUCGUCUCAUUUAUGUUUCUCGUGAGAAGAGGCCAGGUUAUGAACACCACAAAAAAGCAGGGGCUAUGAAUGCAUUGGUCCGAGUGUCAGCUGUCAUCUCAAAUGCUCCUUACUUACUCAAUGUGGAUUGUGAUCAUUAUAUCAAUAACAGCAAGGCACUCCGGGAAGCUAUGUGUUUUAUGAUGGACCCUCAAUCUGGCAAAAAGAUUUGCUAUGUGCAAUUUCCUCAAAGAUUUGAUGGAAUUGAUCGACAUGAUAGAUACUCAAAUCGUAAUGUUGUCUUCUUUGAUAUAAAUAUGAAAGGACUCGAUGGGAUUCAGGGCCCAAUAUAUGUCGGCACUGGAUGUGUCUUCAGAAGGCAAGCGCUUUAUGGAUAUGAUGCCCCCAAGAAGGCAAAACCCCCUGGAAAAACAUGCAACUGUUGGCCGAAGUUAUGUUGCUGUUGCUGUGGAUCUCGAAGGAAGAACACCAAAGGAAAAUCGAAGGAUAAAAAGAAGACUAAAGCCAAGGAAGCUUCAACACAGAUUCAUGCUCUAGAAAAUAUCGAGGAGGGAAUUGAAGGAAUUGAUAGUGUCAAAGCAUCUCUCAUGCCUCAAAUUAAACUCGAGAAAAAAUUUGGGCAGUCACCUGUUUUUGUGGCUUCAACACUACUUGAGAACGGUGGUAUUCCCCCGGGAGCAACAUCAGCAUCCCUUUUGAAAGAAGCUAUUCAUGUCAUAAGUUGUGGUUACGAAGACAAAACCGAAUGGGGAAAGGAGGUUGGAUGGAUUUACGGCUCUGUUACUGAGGAUAUCUUAACCGGGUUUAAGAUGCACUGUCAUGGCUGGAGAUCCGUGUACUGCAUGCCUAAAAGGCCUGCGUUCAAAGGGUCUGCUCCCAUCAACCUUUCAGAUCGUUUGCACCAGGUUCUUCGGUGGGCAUUGGGAUCUGUUGAGAUUUUAUUGAGCAAACAUUGCCCUAUUUGGUAUGGAUAUGGGUGUGGUUUAAAACCACUGGAGCGAUUCUCCUACAUAAACUCAGUCGUUUAUCCAUUGACCUCUAUUCCCCUGAUUGCAUAUUGUUCACUCCCAGCAGUCUGCUUACUCACUGGGAAAUUCAUUGUUCCCGAGAUUAGUAACUACGCAAGUAUCCUCUUCAUGGCUAUGUUCAUAUCAAUUGCUGCCACUAGUAUCAUGGAGAUGCAGUGGGGAGGUGUUGGCAUAGACGAUUGGUGGAGAAACGAGCAGUUCUGGGUGAUUGGUGGUGCCUCGUCCCACCUUUUUGCACUUUUCCAAGGUCUCCUCAAAGUUUUGGCCGGAGUGAGCACGAACUUCACAGUGACAUCCAAAGCAGCGGAUGAUGGGGAGUUUUCGGAGCUUUACCUCUUUAAGUGGACGUCUCUCUUGAUCCCUCCCAUGACUCUGUUAAUCAUCAACAUCAUUGGUGUGAUAGUCGGUGUUUCAGACGCCAUCAACAAUGGGUAUGAUUCGUGGGGACCGCUAUUUGGCAAGCUUUUCUUUGCAAUCUGGGUUAUUGUCCAUCUCUAUCCUUUCCUCAAAGGUUUGAUGGGGAAACAGAAUGGGGUUCCUACGAUUAUCGUUGUGUGGUCUAUUCUUCUGGCUUCUAUCUUCUCGCUAUUGUGGGUCCGAAUAAACCCCUUCGUGUCAAGAGAUGGACUUGUGUUAGAAGUUUGCGGGUUGGACUGUGAGUAACAAGGAAAAUAGAUGAUCUGGUCUGAGCGUAGAAGAAAUGUUGCGUGGGAUGUAUUUCCCGGGGAGAGACAAAAGCGCAUCCCGUCAUGGUUUGAUUGCCCAGGAUUCAUAUAUAUGAGUUGGAUAAAUGGAAGGAAGGGGCUGUAGUUGUGUAUAGAUUUAAAGGGCAGGGCAUGGUAGUUUUGAAUGGGAAAGUUCUCUUUCUUUUUUGAUAUUCAUUCUUUUGGUAGUGUGGGAUUUGUGGCUUGCAAUCAAUGUCUGUGAAAUCCCAAAAGGUAGGAAUUAAUAUAAGAUUAUUACCACAUCCCCUUCUUAUUAAGGGACUUAAUUGCACACACAAAUAUAAUGUUGUGUACUUUUCAUAGUAAUUUGCAUUGCAGAAACAGUGUGUAGAAACUCAA